GAGGUCUCCACAGUUACUACGUGCAUUUACAACUUAGACGGAUUCACUUCUAGUAGUCAUUGACGGCGGAGAGAAUUCAGAAGAGUUAUAUCUUAUACUCAAACUCGCAGACGGAGCCAGGAAGAGUCAGCUAUCAAGGAUCUCAGCCGUCGUAAGCCUACCUAUACAGACAGCGAGAGAGAGAUAGAGAGAGAGAGAGAGAGAGAGAGAGAGAGAGAGAGAGAGAGAGAGAGAGACCAGUGAACGUGAGCUAUCAAGCACCUCGGCUUUGUUAUCAGCCGCAGUACGGCAACCUUCUCACACACACACACAGAGCUGAGACUGAGCGCGAGAGGGAUCAGCCAGAGACGAGAGAGUGAGCCAACAGGAACAUCAACUGCAGUCACAAGUUUACCGCUGCGCGCCAACAUGACGCUGUUCAGUAUUGAAGGUUUGAUGGCAGAGCGACAUCAGAAGCCGCGCGACCACGUGCCACCCUACAGCAGCUGCAGCAUGCAGUUCUACCACGGUCAGGUCGACAACCACCAACUCCCUGCCGAGAACCAGGAGAGCCGACUCCUCGCCGUAACAGACGAGACUACGACCAGUGACUCCGACAGCGAGCCGACACAGCCGACGACGUCCGCAAAACCGUCGGCAGCCGACGACGAGAAGAAGGAGUCGGCAGUGAGGAGCCCCAAGAAGCCGAACUAUUCGUACAUCGCGCUGAUAUCGAAGGCGAUACUCAGCGCCGCCAACAAGAAGAUGCUGCUCAGUGAAAUCUACCAGUUCAUUAUGGACUCGCAUCCGUUCUUCCGCAACGAGGACCGCUACUGGAGGAACAGCAUUCGUCACAACCUGUCGCUGAACGAAUGCUUCAUAAAGGCCGGCCGCAGCGAGAACGGAAAGGGAAACUACUGGGCGAUACAUCCGGCGAACGUCGGCGAUUUCGGGAAGGGCGACUUCCGGCGGCGACGCGCGCGCAGACGCGCCAGGAAGUCGCAGCUGCUCAGCGAGCUGUCGCAGCGCUACCGCGUGGCGACGCCGCCCUACUACCCGAUGCAGUACUGUCCGCUGUCGCCCCCGCUGCCGUUUGCUGCUCCUUCACCCAGCACGCCUCCGUCGCUGGUGGCCACCUCUCAUGGCUUCUUCCCGUCCGUAGCAAGUUCUCAGGCGUCGUUCACGCACGCUUCAUUCUCGUCUGCUGCUGCUGCGGUGAGUUCCCACGCCGCACCCUUGCAGACGUCGAUGCUGCUUAGUUCCGCUGCUCUGUCGUCAUAUCCCGUACACGGCUUCCUACGAUCGCACACUCCGGCAGCGCCCCUGUCGACGCCCAGCCUAACUAACUCCUCGCUGCUGGCGCCUGCUGGUUUCACGCCACCUUCCCCUAUGUCGGCGCCACCCGCAUUUCCCCCACACCCGAGCUUCCAGCAGUGGACGGACCGUAACUACGGACUGACGUCAUUGCUUUCGCGUAUGCCGCCUGUGCACAAACUACCAAUGUAUUAAGCUUCGCGUAGGUAAACGUUUCACGCGUCAAUCUUGUAUACGUGGAUCGACUUACACGCCACCUGAUGACGAAUCUUCAUCGACAUUGUAUUAUAUAAACUUGUUUUACGAGCGUCAUACAUAUUUUAACUACUACUGCAGAUCAAAGAUAAAGAAUGCUUUAGCGAAUAUAUACUAUUUGAUGUGAUUGUUGGAAUUCAAUUAUUGAUGUUGUAAUAUUUAUGAAUAAAUUUAUAUCGUAUAUGAAAUCA